AUGUCGGUAGUAACACAAGGCUCCGAGCCCCUGCAUAAGGCAUGCGAUACGUGCAGAGCCAGGAAAACGCGAUGUAAAAUCUCGGGCAACACUGAUGCCUGCGACUUCUGCCUGUCCCAGCACCGUCCCUGCUCCUUUACUCCCGUCAAGCGACCAAGGAAGCGCAAGUAUGACGCGUCAGUUUUCAUACCACAACAGUCCGUUGGUGACCUUCCUGGUCCGCAGUUAGGCCCCGAAAAUGUGGGCUAUCAACAGCCGGGACUGUAUAUCGACUCUUUGCUUGCAAAUCGCCAAGCCUCUCGCAUACACGGAGGUGCCAGUCAUCCAGAUCAGCUGACCACUAUCUUUGGCCCAAACCCCAAUAUCUCUUUCUUCCCUGAGCGACGGGUUCGCGCCAUCAGUCAGCGAUUGGGCCACAACCGGCUCGAUCAGCUACUAGAUGAGAUACGCGCGGUGGUUGCAACCAAGGUCAAAAAUAGUUGUGCCAUCCCGCAGUCAUAUAUACAGCGAAACCUGGACACCGGAAAGAUCCAAGUCCCGAGUAGUGACAUUAUCAACGGACACAUUUCUGCCUACUUUGACUCGAUACAUCCGAUCUAUCCAUUUCUUUGUCCAGAUACCUUUCGUGCGCGUGUAGCGUCGCAGGAUCUAGUUCAAUCACUAGGAACGGAUAAGGUUUGGGCAGCACUAUUCUACGCAAUAGUGGCGAUUGGGUGUCAGAACAAUGAAGGAGGAAGCUUUGAUACUGGUGUGGGGGAAGCCUGGUCAUACUUCGAACGGUCGUUGUCAUGUUUCCAGGAUCUCCUCUUCGGUAGAGGCUCAUUGACUGCAGUUCAAGCACUCCUCGCCAUGGCUAUAUUCUCAUCGACGGUGUCUGCGUUCAACUUCGAACCCUUAAUGCUAACAGAGGCUGCCGUUAUGGCACAAGGUUUGGGGUAUCAUCGUUCGAAUAGUGCACAAGAAGGUCCGUGCCGUCGCACGUUCUGGGUGCUCUACUAUAUGGAAAAGACGUCAUGCUUUGCGACUGGUAAAACUUCGGUAUUGGAUGAUGCCAACAUAAGCUGUGCAAUUCCCGAUAUGAUGGAGUCCACUUUCCACGACUAUGACUGGUUCUUUAACUUCGUCAAAUAUGCUCGUCUAGUCUCCAAGAUUCACCAAUCUCUCUUCACAAUCAGCUCGGUUAGUCAGCCGCUAUCCAACUAUAACUCUGUGGUUGAGAGCCUACGUAUAGAAUUGGAAGCCUGGCGCGCGACCGUUCCGACCCGGUUUCGGCCAGGCGAAAAAUUCAAAACUCGCUCUUUGCACGAGCCCCUGGCGGUCCAAAUUGCCUUGAUCACCCACUUCCUUUAUCUGAACGCUCUCCUUACACUGUCCUGGACCGUCCUUCACUACGGAGCCGUCCGUUUGGGGUCUACACAACAAGAACUUAUGAAGCGCGACUUGAUGCGGACUGCUCGAAGUGUCCUCGAGCUCACCGUGCACAUCGAGGUAGCGCCUUCCACACCGGUCUGGAUACUCGCUGUCUUGCCACUAUCAUCGCUGAUGAUCUUAUUCGACCUGGUGGUCCACAACGCCAACCACCCGGAAACUGGUCUCAGCCUCGCUCUUCUCGACAUCGCCGGCGGGCACUUUAGUAGGCUAGAAUAUGCCAGCAAUGGUGCCCUUCCGGGAUCUCUAAUAGCAGAGUUUGCCCAUCUUGCUCGUCAAUACGUUUCUGAGACCCGCAAGCCCAAGUCUAUGUCCAGAGACUCCAAUGAGAGUAGCAUUUCAUUCCAGGCUCAGGACCGGGUAGGAACCCCUCCGUCUGCGCCAGAACCCACAACCAGUGUCGCCCCCGCAGAAUCAACGGGCCUGGUUGCGCCGGCGGUGCUCCCGCGGGGGCCGGAGCCUGUCGCUUCAGAUGCUCCCGGGGUCAUGCAACCUUGGAGCCCUGCUUCUCUUGAUCGAAGUGAAGCGCUUUUUCUGCCUUAUAUCGACGAUCCAACUUACUAUUUUGGGGAUCUGCAGUUGCUUGGUAUCGAUUUAAAAGAUCUGUUUGACCAUUCGUAUCAGGUACCAGGAGUGAGCGAUAGUGGGGUGUAG